ACUGAAUGCUGGGAAAUCUCAUGGGCGCUUUGCCGGUGGUGUUUUCGUUGCACUGCAUUGCACGAGAUCUUGGUGAAUGGUGUUUAUAGAGUUUUGUGAUAUUGCUGUAAAACUAAUAGCGUUGCAAUAAUGAAUGCUAUGGGGAGGCUAAAUGCCUCGACAGAAAUCAUUCCUCUUCAAGGACCAAGUGGGCGAAAUGAAGCUAGGUUUCGCCAGAACUUUCGGCCUAAGCCAAAACCUUAUUUUGUGGAUCCGCAUAUUGUACCUAGAGUUAAACAGUAUUUGGAAGACCAUAAGGAUACUGUUCAUGUGGAUAUGGAUGCCAUGGUUGACGAGUUGCAGAGGAAGUAUAAAGAUUAUGCUAGAAGAAAACGAAAUGCUUUCAAGCAGUCAGUAGACAAAGCAUUUAAAACAGUCUUGCAACAAUAUGGUGUGUCGGGUGAUUAUGAUGGUGGAGACCUUGAAAACAGUGAAUCCAGUGAUGAAGAAAUGUAUUCAGAAGAUGUAUCACUAGAGAAUAGCAGCAAUACUCAAGCUGCUGGACAAUUAAUGAAUAUGUAUAUGAAUCGGCCAGGUUUAAGUGUGACUCCUGGUUUGAGGCCUUCCGACCGGAUGAACCUUCUGUCGUAUCAACGCCCUGUUCUCCACAGACUGCAUCAUCAUGGUGAUGGUAUUUAUAUAAGACCAUCCAUCAAGCAAGAACCACUUGAAUUUCGUCAAAGAGGAUUUACUGCAUUUCAAAGGCGCGGGGAGGCGGGCGGCGGGGACAAGGAGCUCAUCAACAUCAGCAGCGACGAAGAGGACGGCGGGGGCGGGGGCCCCAAGAGCCGCGGGGGUCACGCGCCCUCGUCCUCGUCGGUGGGCCUCCUGCCGACGCCCACCCUCGGCCCCCCGCCCACACCCGGCGCCGCCCGCCAGUGGCGGCGCCAUCUCCUCGCUUCGUCGGGACAGGCUGGUGAG